AAGAAGGUCCAAAUUUCGGUCGUGUUCCAGUCCAUAACGAUCCUAUUUAUUGCAGGUGCUUGCGAACCCCCAAGGCCCCAUGAAGUCUUGCAGCAAGAAGGUCCAAAGUUCGGUCGUGUUCCAGACCAUCAAGUCCAAGAAGGGGGUCGUGUAUGGCCGCACAUACACUCACCCGGCGAUGUUGAAAUGCUUUGGAAGCUUCCAACAGAGCGCUACCACCUUCAUGAACUGCGUCAACGCUGCCGCUGUGGCCGGACACUCCACCCUGUCCUUCAAUGGUACCACCUGCCUCACCUACAACACAACCGUGCCGAGUUUCUCAUGCGCUAACCAGCAGGCAGCAGCGGCAAACCCCGUAGUCAUCUACCAGGCCAACCCACCUCUGGUUCAGCCCAAUUUCGGUUCAUUCAAAGUACUGACAGUGGCAGCAACCUUUGAUGUGAACAACAACUUCGACGUGACGUGGACCGCAGAAGACGGUGGCUGUUCCUACCCCGGUUUUGUCAUCACCGUCGCCGGUCUGGUGAAGUACGUCGAAACGCUUUCGUUCCAUGCGAAUUUCGUCGUUGGUGCCGGAAGAAACUUCGCACGCAACGGAGGAAACGUCGCGGUUGCCUACGGAUUGCCAACUGGAGAGACUUUCGGCCAAAGUUUGAGUACCACUGCGGUGGAAGCCACUACCACAACCACUUCGACAACUACCACGUCGACAACUACCGACUCUGAGACAGGCAUUGGCACUGACAUUGGCAUUGUGACCGCACCGGGUGGGUUCGUUACAGUCGCUUGAUAGACGAAAACUCCAUCGACAUCCUGUGCGACGCUGACGAAUUUUCCAGUCUGGGUCGUCGGCAUCUAACCUCUUAAGAUGGCCCGGCCCAUUGAAGUCUUUAUAAUCACCUGAUAAACUAAUAACUCUAACCAGUCAUCUAUCGUUGAAAUAUAUUUGAUUUACUGUUAUUUCGUCAACGUCAUUUGCGCUGG